UGAUCAUCGAAAUAUAAUAAUGAUUCUCUUCACCAUUCGAUUUGUUUAAUUCGGUUUUGAUAAUUUUGUAUACAAUAAAAUGAAAAACAAAAAGAAAAAUCAAUUCAUUCAAAUUGUCGAUGAAUCGGGUACAUUCUUGUUGGAUGGUCGUCGACAAUGUAUGUGUGAGGCAAGCAAACAUGAAUUGAUCAACAAUUGCCUUAAUUGUGGUCGUAUUGUUUGUCAACAAGAAGGCAGUGGACCAUGUUUUACAUGUGGAACAUUUGUCCUUAACAAACAAGAACGUGAUCAACUAUUAUCCGGUUCCGAUGAAGCAAUACAGAAAGUACAACAAUUAGCUGAUUCUGGUGCACGUUUGGAUUUUAUGGAUCAAGUGGCCAGCUGUUUGAAUACAAAAAAAAGUUUAAAAGAAAUUGCUGCUUCAUUGACGAACGAUCCAAAUCUUGAUAGAGCAAUUGAACAUAAAAAUAAACUGUUGGAAUUCGAUAAAAAAUCCGUCGCACGAUCCAAAGUAUUCGAUGAUCAGGUCGAUUAUUUUACUAUACAAUCACAGAAUUUUAUCACUGAACAAAAUCGUCAAACCAUUGCCAAUCGUGUUGAUUAUAUUGUUGAAAAUAAAUUCAAUAAAAUCGAUAAAAUUGCUAUUGAUUUCAAUAAUCUUACCGUUAGUGAUUAUACUGAAUCAGUAAUUGAAAAUAUUGAUGAUGAACACCGUAAAUUGGAAGAACUGAGUACUAUUACCACUGAUUAUGAGCUAAAACCAUCAUCAUAUUUCAUCGAUAAUGAUGAUAAGACAAUGGACAAGAAAAGUCUGCCUCCACCUAUCUAUGUUCCAAGCCAGGAUACGAUUGAUGGUCAUGACAAAAACAAUGGUGGCAAUAAUAAUAAUAAAAAUCGAAUGAAAACCACUAAUUCUAAUCAUUCAAACAAAUCUAUCAUAUUGCCAAAAAUGGUUUCAAAAAUGAAUGAAUAUGAACAUCGUGUACAGGACACUGAAAUGGCAAAGAUUGAUGAUCAUGGUAUGUGUUUGGCAAUUCGUCAACCAUAUGCAUCAUUAUUGGUGGCCGGUAUUAAACGUUUCGAAGGCCGUACAUGGUAUAGUCCAUUCAAAGGACGUUUAUGGAUUUAUGCUGCACAUAAAAUGCCCAGCGAUGAAGAAAUUCAAAAUGUUGAACAAUUCUAUAGCCAUUUAGGUAAUAAAAAUUUUCCACGCAAUUAUCCAACUAAUGUGAUUGUUGGUUGUGUUAUUAUUGAAGAUUGUUUACCCGAAGAAAUUUAUCGAAAACAAUAUCCUGAAUGUGAAAUUGAAAGCCCAUAUGUAUUUGUUUGUGAUUAUCCAAUUGCAUUUAUGAGGCCAUUGCCAGUAGCUAAAAGUGGUGGCCGUCAAAUAUAUCGAUUAGAGCCAAAAAUUCAUCAAGCUUGUAAAGGAUUACUUGGAUUUUGAUUAUUGUUAUAAUCAAUAAUCAAUCAAUAAAUGAUGAUUUAUUUUUAUUUUCUAAAUAAAUAAAUUA